UCGCACCUGGCGCCGUUCUGUUCUUUAGCUUCCCCUCUGAGUGUUGUGCAGGAGGAAGUCGAAGGGUGUUGGAGGGGUGGCGUGCAGAGCGUCUGCGUCGGGCUUCACGGGGGUCGUGGCCGUUUCGGGCUCACCCAAAGGGUGUGACCGGGGGCGGUGCUGUCCUCGCGGGUGUGCAAGCCCCCGGGUCGGAGGGGUUUCUUCCUGGCUGGUGUGGACGCUUCUCCGUGCUUCUGUCGGUAUGGAACGUGAAACUGAAAAUAGUAGCUCAGAAUGUUCCUGAAGAAGAAGAAGUUUCCUUUGAGGUAGAAAUGGAAGGUUUUACAAGAGAGGGUCCCUGCUUCCCCAUUUUAGGUGACAAUUGGGACUGUGAGAACCAGGAAAGGCAUUUGAGGCAAUCUCCUUUAACUGAUGAGAAAACAGGGACUCAGGAAGUAAAUUGUGACCAUCUUAAUUUGAGGGAGCAUUUGAGUACAAAUCCAGCCCUUCUGGCAUCUCAGAGAGUUCCCACAACAAAUGGCUUUCAGGGUCAUAACUCAGAUAUUAAACCUUAUUGUGAGCAAACCUUACUUAGUUGUCUUCAGAGUUACACAGUUAAGGGAACUGGUGACCAUGAUGCUUGUGAAAAAGCCAUCCAUCCUUCCAUGGAAGUAACUCAGCUUGUAAGAAACCAAAUGAGAGACAAACCCUAUAAAUAUGCAGAAAGUAUUAACUCUUUAAACCACUUUACCACUCCCCUCUGUGAUAAAAAAAUUAAGAAAAGAAGCAAGAAAUUUUACAAAGGUAAGGACUUUGGGGCUCUGAGCUCAUCUCUUAAUGAAAAAAGAAGCCAUUCUACUGAGAAACCCUAUAAAUGUACUGAGUGUGGCAAUUGUUUCAAACGAAACUCUUCCCUCGUUUUACACCAUCGAACUCACACUGGUGAGAAACCUUAUACCUGUAAUGAUUGUGGAAAAUCAUUCUCCAAAAACUACAACUUAAUUGUACAUCGAAGGAUUCAUACAGGAGAGAAACCCUAUAAAUGCAAUAAAUGUGGGAAAGCUUUUAGUGAUGGAUCAGCUUUGACACAACACCAGAGGAUUCACACAGGUGAGAAGCCUUAUGCAUGUCUAGAUUGUGGAAAAACUUUCAACAGAAAUUCAUCCUUGAUUUUGCAUCAAAGAACUCAUACAGGGGAAAAACCGUAUAGAUGUAAUGAAUGUGGGAAACCCUUCACUGACAUCUCCCACCUUACUGUACAUCUCAGAAUUCACACUGGUGAGAAGCCCUAUGAGUGUAGCAGAUGUGGAAAGGCUUUCCGAGAUGGCUCAUACCUCACCCAGCAUGAGAGGACACACACUGGAGAGAAGCCUUUUGAAUGUGUGGAAUGCGGGAAGUCCUUCAGUCGAAACUCUCACCUCAUUGUGCAUCAGAAAAUUCAUUCUGGGGAGAAACCCUAUGAAUGUAAAGAGUGUGGGAAAACUUUCAUUGAGAGUGCAUACCUUAUCAGGCAUCAGAGGAUUCACACUGGCGAGAAGCCCUAUUGCUGUAACCAGUGCCGUAAACUCUUCAGGAACAUCGCUGGACUUAUUCGGCACCAGAGGAUUCAUACUGGUGAAAGGCCUUAUGAGUGUAGUCAAUGUGGAAAAGCUUUUAGGGAUAGCUCCUGUCUGACCAAGCACCAGAGGAUUCACACUAAGGAGACUCCAUACCACUGUGUGAAGUGUGGAAAGUCCUUCAGGCAGAACACUCACCUGGUAGUACAUCAGAGACUUCAUAACAGGGAGGGUCCUAGCCAGUGUCCUCAAUGUGGAAAAAUAUUUAGAAGGAGCUGGUGUCUUGUCCGACAUCAGAGGACACACCUUGAAGAGCAGCCCAUGGAAGCAUAAUGAAAAAGGGCCAUACUUUCUUGAGUAAACAAAGGAGGUAUGUCAUAUGAUUUUCCUUCUUAAGAGAAAAGAAUUCUUUAUCAAAAAAGUUGAAUAUAAGAUAUUCUAUUAUCCCAUUAGUUUUGUUAUUAGGGAACUCCUGAAGAGAGGAUUGAAUGAUAAUCAGUGUAGUAAAGGCUUCAGGGAUGAUUCAGCCUAUACCAAACAUGUAGUGCUUAUACUGAAAUAAAGCACUGGAAGUGAGGAAGGUAUUUCUCUAAAGAUACCCAUCUACAUUUAUAUCAGGAUAUUGGAAUUGAAAAGAACCUGUGAAUUUAUUUAGUAUGUAACUAGUAGAAGGCAUCUUUAAUAGUGAUUGUACACCUUAUUGUGUACAAUCAAAUGCUUAUUAGACUCAAAGCUUGUAAAUGUAAUUAGGAAGAAGAAGCUUUUGUAAUGUUUUUUACUGUCUUUCCUGUAUCAACAAAGGCAUAGCACUGAGAUGUCUUACACAGACACCCACAGCAACUACAGGAUUUGGUUGAGUUUUCUAUUUGAAUGCACUUCUGUCUUAUGAUCCCAUCAGAACACAGAGGACUCAUUUAAUGAGGUGAAAGUGGAUAUAGGAGUUGCUUUUGAUUGAAAUGAAGUUGUCCCUUUUAACACUAAAAUAUUCUCCUUGGUGGAAAGGGCUGCUUCUAAGAAAUAGAUCCAUUGUUUUGGUUGUUGAAAAAGAAAAUAUUAAAUUGUUGUAUUUCAGUUAUCACCUGCCUUCACCAUUGUUGAUAAUUUAGGAUACAAAUUUGUUUAGUGUUCACAUCCUUUAAAGCAAAAUUCAAAGGUUUUAUUGCCAUUCUAAAAACAUUUAGAUCAUUGCAAAAGAAGGCAUAAAAAUAGAUUUAUUGUUAUUAUAACUAUGUAAGCAUGCUCAUUUUUGGUUGUAGGUUAGCAGUGGAUAAUAUAAAAAUUAAGGGGCUUUCUUAGAAGAUUAUGAUUGUGUAGUUUCCCUUUUUUAUAUAUUUUUAUAUAAUUGUAAUGUAUAUAAAAGUGAAGCUAAAAGGAAGUGAAUUUUUUAAAAUGAUUUCUGCCAGUAGAUACAGGCCAAAGAUCUUGUCAGACAUCCUACAAAGGCUAGAUCAUGGCUGGAGGAAGCUGUAAGCAUCUACAGCUGUAUAUUGACAGAAGCUUCUCUGGAAUCAGAGCAUUCUCAAGCCUAGAAUCAUAUCUUUUGAAACUUGGAUAUAGAGAUUAUAGCACUGGAGGGAGAGGGGUAUGAAUCUAAGGAUAGGGAAGAGAAUGUUAUAGGAAAAGCUGGAAUAAUCUUAGCAUGCCCUUUCUCAGUGCGGGCUGAUUGAAAGCUAGACAAUUUGGUUGAUAGCUUCAAAGGCCUGUGAGUAGAUCUCAUGGAAAUUUUGACUUGACCCUGUCUUCUAUCUUCUGAUUCCAAUGGAGGGAGAAUCAUAAAGUAGAUUCAUACAGAAGUCUUCUGUAUGAUAUAUCAGUCUUCUGAACGGAUGUCCUUCUUUGACAGCAAGAUGGUUAUCAUAUGAUGGGGAUGGAGAGAUAGUGGUUAAGAGCAUUUGUUAUUCUUGCAGAGAACCUGAGUUUGGUUCCCAGUAUCCACUUGGUGGGAAGCUACUGGUGCCUAGUGGAUAGAGGCCAAAGAUGUCAGACAUCCUACAAAAAUUGCCCUUGAAAUAAUUUAUCAUCUCAGAAUAUUAAGAGUCCUGAGAUUGGGACUUAUUUUCCAGCCUUAUCAUUAAAAAGAUUGGUCAUAUGUUCCUCUCA